AUGGCUGCACAGAGGUUUCUAUUGUUUUUCUUUGUGCUGGUGUUUACCUCUCUGCUGCUAAUGGCUGGCCUGACUCUGGAGGUGAGGAGUGGAGGAGCUUCAAACAGCUUCCUAAGCAGACGUAUUGAAGUCCAAGAUGAGAAAAUCACAUCCAAUUUGUUGUACAAUCCCCCCAAAAUAUGGAGCAUACAACACAGUCAAUUGCAACAAGUGCUACAAGAGCAACAUGAUAAAUCACCCCCCAUAGACUACCAUCCCCUCACCCACUCGGACAUUGCAGGAGUUGAGAAAUUCGUAUUCUUCACCGGUUAUCCUCGCAGUGGACACAGCAUAGUCGCCAGUUUAAUCGAUGCCCAUCCAAAUGUCCUCAUAUCUGUCUCUUUUUUCCUCUUCUCUAAGCUUCUCUCCAACAAUAAAGCGGUGCAGGACAGAGAAACCAUGUUCGAAAGGAUACAUAAAAAGAGUUUCCACUACUCAAUGAUAUCGCCGAAAAAAGACGAAAAGAGGUAUACACUAGACGUUCCCGGGAGCUGGGCAGGGCACUUCGUGGGAGGUCUAAAAGUCAUUGGAGACAAGUCGGCAACUGCUCCAGAUGCUUAUCUUAAACUCAAUAAUCAUUUUAAAGAAAUGUACCAAAGGCUGCAGGAUUUGGUCAAAGUACCUCUUCAUGUGAUACAUGUGGUUAGGAAUCCAUUUGAUAUUAUAGCCACUAGUGCACUAUAUGAGUACGGUCAUGAGCACGGUCAUAAUGGGCCUAAAGCGAGAUAUAACUUCACAGAGGAGCAUCGACUGGUCGAUCACAAGCUGCUAAAUAAGUCGGCUAAGGCAGUCAUGGAGAAAGCGCGUGCUGUAUAUGAGAUGAAGUCACUCUGUAACAUGACGGUAUUGGAAAUACAUAACGAGGAUUUGGUACAACGCCCUGCUGCCACGGUAACUCAAAUAUGUAGAUUCCUUCAAGUGCCUUGUCCGAGCAGAUACGUUGCUGCAUGUGUGGAUAAAGUGUUCCCUGUUGUGUCCAAGACUCGGAGCAAAGUGGAGUGGUCACAUGACCUUCGACAGUGGGUGGAGCAAGAAAUAAAGAAGUACCCUUUCUUUAACAGAUACUCUUUUGACAUGCAUUGACUGUACUUUCUGUGUAGCUUCUAUUUUAAUUUAUAUAAGGCCACUCCAACUGAAGAUCUUAAACUUUUAGUUUCCUGUCCUACCUCCAUUUUAUUCCAUUUCUGUAUUGAUUUUUCAGUUUUGUACCUUACUCUAGAUCGAUCGAUAUAACUAGCUAGAUAGCUAUCAUCCAUUGUCAGACACCAUCUUAGGCCCA